ACAGCUUGGCUAGCAAGUUUCCGUCUCUCCAGUCGAGUCGGGGAUCUCACACGCAGUUCAGUUCUGCGUUUGUUGUGGUAUGGAGUGAAGUGAAGAUGGCUCCUUUCCCUGACGAGGUGGACGUUUUCACGGGCCCACACUGGCGCAUGAAGCAGCUGGUGGGCCUGUAUUGUGAUAAGCUUUCCAACACCAACUUCUCCAACAACAGUGACUUCAGGUCAUUCCUUCAGUCUCUGUGUGAUACCUUCAAGGAGUUCAAGAUGCACGAGCAGAUUGAGAACGAGUUCAUCAUUGGGCAGUUGCAGCAACGGAGUCGCACCGUUUACAAUGUGCACUCGGAUAACAAGCUGUCCGAGAUGCUCUCGCUGUUUGAGAAGGGACUCCGGAGUGUCAAGAGUGAGUAUGAGCAGCUGAACUACGCCCGGCAGCUGAAGGAGAGGCUGGAGGCCUUCACACAGGACUUCCUACCCCACAUGAAGGAAGAGGAAGAGGUGUUCCAGCCGAUGCUGAUGGAGUACUUCACCUACGAGGAGCUGAAGGACAUCAAGAAGCAGGUGAUCGCCCAGCACAGCCGGCAGCAGAGGUGGGGCUGCGCCGUCGAGGUGCUCAAGGGCUUCAGCCUGUUCAACCAGGCCGAGGAACUCCACAAGGCCUUCAAGUACUCCGACCACGAGAAGACAGACGACGAGUUGGAGAGGGGCUCGGCGUCGGCCCAUAUCUCCCAGCUGCCCGUGGAGGUGCUGCUGAAGAUCUUCCAGUUCCUGGGUCCUGAGGACCUGUGCCGCUGCGGACAGGUGUCUGCCACCUGGGCAAGUGUGACCAAGACCGGCUCUUUGUGGAGGCACCUGUACCCAGUCCGCUGGGCCAGAGGUGACUACUACCACGGUCCCCCAGGGGAGCUGGAGCAGGAGCCGGAUGAGGAGUGGGUGAGCAACCGGCAGGACGAGGGCAAGGCCUACCAGGAGUGGGACGAGGACGCAGAUGUGGACGAGUCUGAAAAGGGCUCGGAUGAGAGUUCAGCCUACAAUGCAGUGCAGCGUGAGAAGAAAUUGCUGAACGGGAUGAUCCAGAACCUUCUCCCUGCCGUUGGGCCCUCUGUGCGCUCCAUCACCCUGGCAUACAGCUUCGCCGUCUCCAGCAAAAUGGUUCGCCAGAUCCUCUCCCUCUGCCCCAAUCUGACUUAUCUGGAUCUGACACAGACAGAUGUCACAGACUCUGCAUUUGACAGCUGGGCCUCGCUGGCCGUGUGCAGCUCCCUGGAGCACCUCGACCUGUCCGGCUGUGAGAAGAUCACCGACCACACCCUGAAGACGCUCGCCCUGGGCAUGGGGGAUCUCGCCUCCACCUCCUCCUCCUCCUCCUCCCUCCACAGAGGCAGCCCUGAGCGCAGGGCCAAGCUGCUGGCCAGCCACCCUUCCCCCAUCAAGCUUCAGCACGAGGCUCCGGCGACCGCCGCCUGCCCCGUUUUGGGACCCGGGGGCAGGCAGGCCCUGAUCUUCAAGAGGAGGCCCGGCGGCCGGGGCAACGGCUGCGGACCAGCGCACGUCUGGGUGCUGGACCCCGACGAGCUGGUGGACAUUGAGGACGCGGCCGAGUGGAGCCGGCGUGGGGGUGUCGGUAUGGGUGUUGGUGUUGGCGGAGGGCCUUCUGUGAGUGUUGCAGGGCCGUCUUCCAGGCCCGUGGAGGUGCAGGCAGCUGGGGGGCAGUGCUGCUGCAGGGUAAGCCGCAGCCAAAGCUUCAGGACUGGGAAUAAUAGCGGCAGCGGUGGUUGCAAUGCCCUCUACUGGCAACAGGUGCAACUGCAGCAGCAGCAGCAAGCGUCCUACAGAGGUGCCCCGUGCGGCCACUCCACUUGCUGUGGCAGAGACACUGCCCUUAGGACUUCAAACGGGCCACAGCAGCCGCAAUACUGCCCCAUGGAGGCAGGGGGCAGCACUGAGUUUCGGACUAAGUGCCCCAUGGUGGGCCAGCAGGACACGUGCCCCGGGCAUGAGCAAGCACAGACUGGAAAAUCGGACACUCCUCGCUCUCUCAGGUUCCUCAGCCUGUCCGGGUGCUAUCAGGUCACAGAUCUGGGAUUAAGGGCCCUGUCCCAGCGCGGGGGGCUGCCUGUCCUGGAGCACCUGAACCUGUCUGGCUGCCUGAUGGUGACUGAGGUGGGGCUGCAGGAGCUGGUGACAGCCUGCCCCUCCCUCAACGACGAACACUUCUACUACUGUGACAACAUCAAUGGUAACGUAACAAACACACACACUUAUACUGCUGUCACCGCAACACACGUACACAGUAAUGCAGAAGUACACACUCUCACAAAGCCCAAGCACCAUCACAAACCCCACUGCAGCGGUUCCCCGGAAUCCCCUAGGGGGAUCGAGGAGAUCCUGCAGGGGUGGGCAGACAGAAGGGCUUCCAGAAAAUGGGAAAACCACACGUCAACUGUUGACAUUAACAUUCUGUAAUUUGUUUGGUAACAGUAUUUAUUUUUAUGGUUAGUACAUUUAUUUACAUUUCCUGUGAACUUCAAAGUAAAAUGUAUCAAUAUUGCAGGAGAGAAGAUGUUAGGCAUUUAGAAUGUGUCGGAGGAGAGGGGGUUCGCCAAAAAUAUUCUUAGGUUUAAAAUGGUUCCCAGCAGAAAAGGUGUGGGAGCCUCUGCUCUACUGUGGUGUGAAAAGUAAUACAGCUAACACAUUUGCACUCCCUAUGAGACAACUUUUAGUCUCAACAUUGAUUAUGUAUCCUAUGAUUACCCAUACUGUCUGAGAUGUACAAUUCAGGCUCUUCAAUUGCCUGAGAAAUUGGGCACAAAUGGCAUAUACGGUUGUAUAUGUGAGAUGCAUUUUUGUUAAAGAGCAGUAGAUAUUUCCUGUGUCUUGGAUUUAGCGAUAUAUAUUUGUUAGUUCCUCAAUGUAUAAUUUUUGUGUUUUCUACAAUAUUGUACAAUUCUAUAAUAUUUCUACAAUAAUGGCUGAUGUUUUGUUGUAUGAAGAGUGUACAUUAUUGAGUAUUACAUUAUUGAGUUAAACCGUUUCAUUCUCAGCAAAAACACAUUUAAAUUAUAAGAAGGAAAUCAUGAGAACAUUUGAACUGUGCUGAAUGAGUAAUGUGAAACUUAACUGGUAGAUGUAGCUGGUGUUUGUCUAACCUCACCCUUAAUCACCAGCUAGAGUUCCUGUCUGUGUCAGGUAAGUUGAUGCAUAUUAUUUGUAUUGGAUAUUGUACACAUGCACAAUUUAAUCAGACUGUGGCUUAUUAUUAACCACUCGUGAUCGCACAGGUAAGUCAGUGUGUGGAUGUGCAAGUUUGGAUAGCUCUUGUGUUAUAAGAGUUCAGUGACUGUUAACCUAAUGACCUCCACAGCAUACAUUUAAUACAGAAAAUAAUGAAUACAGCAUAAGAGGUCAACUAGUUGUAGCAGAGACGGUUGGUUGAUUUGAGACCCCUCUUUUGUCGUAGCUAUUGUUGGAUAUCCUGGUCCCUGUUGUCAUACUAAUCCGCUAACUGCCGUGUGUCGCCACGUCUGUCCGCAGGUCCCCACGCCGACACGGCCAGUGGCUGCCAGAACCUCCAGUGUGGCUUCCGGGCCUGCUGCCGCUCUGGAGAGUAGAGCCUGUCUACCCCAUCUUCAGCCCGCCUUGUACCUCCCCUCUUCAUACCUGCCUUCCACCCCUCUAUUCAGCCUCGUCUGCCUCCCUUUCCCUCUCCGGUAGUAUUUCCUCACACUACGCUCUCUGUUCAUGGCCUGGAGUACAGCCUCUAUCGUAUAUCCUCAUCUCCAUAUCCCCCUCCACCCCAUCUUCAUAUCUUCAUGAUGCUCAGAGUGGCACCCCUGUAACUUUGUACCCCAUCUUCAGCUCCUUCUGCCCCCAUGACCUUCUGAUCGCAGCUGCCCCCUGCGACUCUCUCUUCUGAUUGCUGUUACUCAGGAGAGUAGUAGAAACCCUGUACCACUUUUUUUUACCCCUUCCUCUACCCUCUCUAUCCCCUUUUUCUUCUUCUGUUUUGCUCUCAUCAUUGCCCUCUGGUGGUUUGAAGCAGUACCCCAGUUCCAUACUUUGAACUACUCAUGGUCUGCACCCCUCUCCUCUCUCUUCAUGGUCUUCUGUUGCUGUGAAGCUUGGUUCCCCCUUCUGCCCUCCCUUCAGCCUCUCUCUAGGAGUUGUAGUCCUACUCCACCUUCUCUUGUCAGUGCGUGUAUCGCUGUCCCCUGGAGAGUAGAUCUUCUCACUUACCCACCCAUCAUCCAACCCUUUUGCCCUGCACUCUCCCCUGGAGAGUAGAUACUCUCCCCCACCCAUCAUCCAACCCUUUUGCCCCCCACUCUCCCCUGUUAUGUGUCCAUAGACCACUCCCUCACACUCCCUCCCUGUGUAUACAGUACAUCCAUACUUGCAUACCGUACAUACAUACAUGCACUUUAAUACAGGAGCACUGUCAGCAGGGCUCCACGUUCUUCCCCUCUUUUGUUUUGCUUUUGCCUGUUUAAAUUCCUGAAAUUAUAUUUUCACCUUUGACUCUCGAGGCAAGAUCACAUAAUCACUAAAGCAAAUUGGCUGGGAAAUCUUAUCUAUCUUUCAAGGUGUUAAAUCUACUUAAAAAAUCAGUCCUUUGGGGGCAGGGAAAAGUGUGUUACCCUUCUGUAGUUUUCAGUAUUGCAGUGUACAAGUAACUUCUUUCCAUCUCAUUUCUCCAUAGCGUACAAUAACCCUGUCACAGGUAUCAUAGCUACCCAAGUUGUGUUUCAAUCAUUGUUCAUAGGAGUUGUUUGUGAGCCGGUUUUCAUUUUAGAUAUUUUAUCAUCCAUCUUAAAUGGCAAUAUAGGCCCUACUGUAACUUUACUUGCACACAAUUUAUUCUCCCUCAGCUGUAUAUAGGUGACCUUGAAACGCACCUGAAGGAAUUUGUUUAUUUUUUGCGAGGUUUUUCCAGUCUAAAUUAUGCUGUAACUUCAUGUCACCAGCGUACUUCGUAAAUUAAUGUUAUAAUUUUGCAUAUUCGUUUUUGGAGGUCUUCUAGGUUGUCCCCCCCUUUCACAAUUGGCUUUGGAUUAUCACUUUAUCAUUUGAAUGAACAUUUGGACAAUUUGUAAUUAUUUGCACAACCCUUAUACUAAAUCGGUGUGUUGGUCUCAGAUGACUUCACCUUCCAGUUAAAUGGAGCCAUGUGUGGUUAAUAGAGGUUAUGUCAGAUCAACACUCAUUAUCUCAUUCGGCAACACAACAUGUUCAGAAUUUAGAGUACCAAAUCAUCAUCGUCACUCAUGUAGCACUCUUUAGAUGCAUGGGCAAUGCCACCUGUUUCAAUAAACCCAUUUUAAAAGCUUCA